GAACGGCUCCAAAGGGGUAGAGUGUGAUUACGCAGCAGCUACGAGCGAGCUCGACGGACGAGUCAAAUUCAGGCACCCUUCCAAAAGCAGGUGGAAAAGGCCGCGAAAACAUGGAGCCAGAUGCGGGCGUAAGCGGAAAUGGAAAUACGGGACAGAGAGAUCGACCUGCGAAGAGGGCGAGAGCGCGAGAGCGAGCGCGCGCAGGACGGACCUCGUGGUCGACCGUUUCUUGAUUUGGUCGUUGGGAAUCCGCAGCACGAUGGAAUUGCGGUGGUGCGCGUGCCGGCAUUUGAAAUUGCGGCCGGCGGCGAUGUGAUUCGAUGCUCGUGGGAGUGAAUGGUUCUUGCGUUCUCUGCUUUUGGAGAGAUCGAAGACAGAGCUGGGGCCGCGAGUAUGGACGAGUGUCCCGCCAUGAAGCGGUGUUGGGAUUCCGCUAUGAAGCUUCAACGAGCCUCGAAGACAGGACAUUUAGGGAGAGAAUGUGCGCUAGUCAAGGACCAGUGCGAAAGUAUAGAAAUGCCCAGGAAAGUGAUUCAGGUCCUGGAAUUCAGGCGGCGCAGGUUAACCAAUAUGAUCAACUCAUUUGUACAGGAUUUUUCCAAGGCUCACCACCUUGAACAACAGCUUAAUUUUUUUCGAAAUGCCUCAAAACCACAAUCCGUGCUUUCGCCUUCUGGGAAUCCCCUACACAGCCUCUCUGUUGCCACUCAGUCCUUUUGGGCGAAAACCAUUAGCAGGAUAAAGCAGCAAGACACAGGCCCUCUACUAGCAUCCGCCACUACCACUGCUCUAUCCCAAUUGCCCUCGAUUGCGCCAUCCUUGUGUUCAAAUUCUUACUCUGAUGAGCUUCAGUCAGAAAGCUCUAUAAAAGAUCCUUAUUUUGAUGCAUUCUUAGAUGGUAGAGAUCUCGAGGCUUUCAGACAGAGAAAUGAGCGGCCGUCUUGGGUGGCUGAGCCCUCGGACUCUACACUCUUAGUCGCCGAAGAGAUUGCAGUCCGGGCUGUCGAAGGCUGGUCAGGUUUCAUACGACCUGUAGAUAAAAUAUGGGAAGUGAGUUCUGGCUUUGGGCCGAGGUGGGGCCGCCAACACAACGGUGUCGAUUUGGCUGCUCCUACUGGCGAACCCGUAUUGGCUGCAGAUUCGGGUGAGGUCACCUACGCCGGAUGGGAACCUGGUGGAUAUGGUUACCUUGUCGAGAUAACUCACAGAGAUGGAUGGAAGACCCUGUAUGCUCACAACAGCGAAAUUUUUACUUGGGAAGGUCAAUUAGUGAGACGCGGAGAUUGCAUUGCGACAGUAGGGGAGACAGGACGAGCUACGGGCCCUCACCUGCACUGGGAGAUUCGAAAUCAUCAGAACAAACCGGUCGAUCCAUCAGAUCACAUGAAAUUGUAGCGUACUCGCCACAUGGCAGAAUCAGAAGUGUUUUCAUCGCACUUCUAUUUAUUUUGAUUGAAAAUCCUUCAACAACAUUCUGUGGAAGUCACCUAUCCGUAGGUUGUGUGAAAAGUCAACCGUCCCAGAUAUUACUUCCCAGGUCGUGAUAAGUGGAGUUUCUUCUCAAUUAUCUUAGGACUGGAUUCCGUCUUGUCAUUUGACCUUCAAAUCAAAAUUUAGAGAGGUACGAGUUAGAUUUUGCUCGUACAUCGUAGUUGUGGUCAUCAACCAGUAGUGAACGCUCAGACUAUCUCAGUUUUAGCGUUUUGAUUCAAGUCAUUUUGUAAUAGUGUACUUAAGUUACUUGCUCCAUUUCCACUCAUUUUGGAUUGGAUCAUAGCCAAAGGAGGAUUCUGCCAUUCGGUGCUGAGAGCUUUUAUUCUAUGAGAUUCACAUAAAUAUAUAGCUCAUUCACGCCGUGCACAUAAAUAUAGUGCUCGUCUUCACAAGUUGGUGACAAGCAUCCUCAAAAACGGACGAUUUAACUGUUGAAGGCUGCAGUCCAUCUGACUUCUAAUUAGUGUACAUAUUUCCAGAAGUAUGAGCUUGCCGAAGGCUGAAGAGACUGCCAGAUCAGGUGCCAAGAGAUCUGGAUUUUUCUUCCUCAUUUUUACCGUACCAUGAGCAUUUCCGCAGACUGUACCGACAGAAGAUGAGCUCUGCUAUGUCGAAGCGUCCAAC